GGAACGAAGUACGCGUGGGGCGCCCGCUGGAGUCGCGUGGUUGGGGUGCGGGAGUAUCAAGCAUAGUUGGAGGACACCAUUCAACUAGUCAUUGCGAUAUGACAAUACAAGAAGAUGAUAAUGGUGAGCUCGUGCAACGGGAAGCGGAGAUUCUUCGCCGUCUGAACGCUCGAAAAGGACGACGCUCGGGCCAGAAUCAGGCUCCAGCAAGUGCGGCAGCCUGUGAUGUCCAGCACGGUCGAACGAGUUCUGGCAGCCCCGCCACGCCGGGCCGCGUCGGCCCCCUCUCUGACGACGACACGUGCGACGGCGCCGAGCCGGCCGAACAGGCAGACAGCCAGGGCCGUACCGCGGCUGGGCAGGCGGACAGCCAGGGUCCUGCCUCAGCCGAGCAGGCGGACAGCCAGGGUCGCACCGCCGCGACCGAGCAGGCGGACAGUCAGGACGUUGCCGCAAUCGAGCAGGCGGAAAGCCAGGACCUUGCCUCGGCCGAGGCGAGGCGAGACGAAAGCGAGACGAGCAGCGAUGGCAGGCACGACGCGGGCAAGGACGCCGACUUCACCGUGCUGGAGGAGGUAGAGCGCGCCGGCCGGCGGACUGUGCACCGCAUAUUGCCCGAUUGGCUGGCGCGGCCCGACCAGAUUGGCGAGCGGCGGCCAACGCCGGAAGAGGUGGCCGAGCUGGCGCCCGAGCUGCGCCUUCGGCUUCGGCAGCUGGGAGUGGAGCGGCUGUUUCCGGUGCAGGCGGCCGUGUUACCGCCGCUGCUGGCCGCCGCCGACUCGCCGCUGCCGCCGGCCGACCUGUGCGUGUCAGCGCCCACUGGCAGCGGCAAGACGCUGGCGUUCGUGCUGCCGCUGGUGCAGACGCUGUCCGGGGCCGUGGUGCGCCGCGUGCGCGCACUAGUCGUGCUGCCGACCCAGGCCCUGGCCGCGCAGGUGGCGGCCGUGUUCCGCCAGUACGCGGCCGGCCUGCCGCUUAGCGUGCGCCUACUGGGCAUCGACACGCUGGCACGCGAGCGGCGCCGGCUGGUGGAGCCAGGCCCGCGCGGCGCGCUCUCGCUAGCGGACAUCGUGGUCAGCACGCCCGGCCGACUCAUGGACCACCUGAGCGGCACGGAGGGCUUCUCGCUGGCGCACCUACGCUACCUGGUCAUCGACGAGGCGGACCGUGUGAUGGAAAUGGCCGAGACGGGCUGGCUGCAGGCGGUGGAGCGGGCGGCGGCAGCGGCUGACGGGCCGCCGCGCCGCCCGGCCGGCCCGUCGUCGGCGGUCGCACUCGCCAGUCCUCACCUGCCGCUGCAGAAGCUGCUCUUUUCUGCGACCUUGUCUCAGAACCCCGAGAAGCUGGAGCGGUUGCGACUGUUUCAGCCAAGACUGCUGGUGUGGGACAAUGAGGCGGUGCCGCGGCCUGGCCAGUUUGUCGGCAAGUUCACCACGCCGGCCGAGCUGCAAGAGUCGUUCAUCGUGUGCGCGCCGCAGCUAAAGCCCCUCCUGCUGCACCAUCUGCUGCGGCAGGCCCACUGGCGUCGCGUCCUCAUCUUCACAAACUCCAACGAGUCGGCGCACAGGCUGACGCUGCUGCUGGACUGUCUGGGCGGCCCAGCCGUGGCCGAGUUCUCGGGAGGCGUGCCGGCGGCGCGGCGGCGGCGAGCGCUCGCCGCCCUCACGGCUGGACAACUGUCAGCGCUCGUCUGCUCGGACGCCAUGGCGCGCGGCAUGGACGUGGAGGCCGUGAGCGCGGUCGUCUCGUACGACAUCCCGGCGCUGGUCAAGACGUACGUGCACCGCGUCGGCCGGACGGCGCGCGCCGGCCAGCCCGGUGAGGCGGUUACGCUGCUGCUGGAGCGGCAGCGUGGCCACUUCCAGCGCCUGCUGGCGCAAGUCGGCAAGCAGGAGCGUGUGCCGGAGAGGCCGCCGUGCCUGGACGAGCUGCGCCAGUACGAGGCGGCUUACGUGAAGGCGUUGGAGCUGGUAAUGGAACGUGUGGAAGAGGAGAAGAAGGAGCAGGCGUGCCGGCUUCACGGCUGGUCCGCCAGGGCCGACGACGCAGCCGGCAAACGGAGGAAGCGGACUCGGAAACGGAAACUGUCGGCCGUGGAGGCGAGCGGGUGACAUGGUCCGCCUGCAAGGACGCGUUUCACGCGUGUGGUCUGUAUUUGUUUGUUAAAGUGUUACACUUCCUGCUUUGGAAAUAUAUGACGGAGCUCGCC